GCUCAGAUAGGUUUUAACUAUUUUAAAAGUUCCACCGUAGGUGAAACUCGUACAUUAUUUGCUAGCGGGUCAAGUACAGUGUAGUCUCAUGAGAAACAGGUUCAGGAGAAAUUCAGACUAACUGGAGCAAUAGGUCAUACGGGCCAAAAUUUAUCACUGAUUUAUCCGGGCUAGAAAGAUAUGUAACUGAUUUUGAAUUAUUGCCAGGACAAUCAAUCAGAUGUAUCAGAAGAUCAAGACUGUAGCUCUUAGAGGUUAUCUUGGCUGCAAACAAGUAAGGCGAUGUGUCCUAUUCAAAUCAGUUGUGACCAGCAGUUAUCUAACUCACAAUGUCGAGCGUUGGAGGAUCCUCCCGUCUUCUCGUGGUUUGCUGUUUUGUGUCGUUUAUUAGCGCUUUGUUGUAUUGUGUUGGUUUUGUGAGGCUCGAGUUGCAGCUAGAAGCAUACAGUGAAAGACUCGAGACUCUUGAGCUAAAAGGGAAAUAUCUCAGGGAACAAGUUCGGAAGAAUGCAACAAAGGAUCUUCGUUCGCCACAUGUUCUUUCUCUCAGCUCCUCAACAAUAGAAAGAAACCCAAGAGCUGCCGAGACUCCUCCAAAAGGAGAUAAUGACGUUUUAACUUCAGAUAUACAACAACAAAUCGACAGAUCCGUUCACUCUGCAACACAAAAGAUCUGUACCAGUAGAAGUCAGAUUUGUGUACAAGGACCCCCUGGAAAGGUUGGACCACGAGGGCCUCAUGGUCCCCCUGGAUAUCCGGGGCUCCUCGGACCCCCUGGGAUGAAGGGACAAAAGGGGGAGCCCGGAGAGUACACCUCCCUGACUCCGACCUCCUUGCAACCAUUCAGGGGACAGGCAGCGGAUGUUAUUUCCGCCCUUGAGAUUGUGAUGACACCAGCUGUCAGGACUAUUGCAUAGGGACAGUCGGCUGUAUUCCAGUGUUUGUCCGAAAACCACAUGGAUGUGACAGUUUCGUGGUCUAAGGAAGAUGGCUCUCUUCCAAAUGGAAGAUAUUCUAUCAUCAAAGGAUCCCUACACAUCAAGAACGCUACAGUGGGUGACAAUGGGAUGUACGUGUGUACAAUUCGUACAGACCAGGGGACCGCUCAGGCUUCUGUUACACUAAACGUCAAAGCUCGCCCACUUAUCUCCCUUCCUGCUGGUCCGAUAUACGCCGAGAGCGGGAAGGAUGUCAAACUCCCUCAGUGCCAGGUCAUAGGAUAUCCCCCUCCAGUGGUAUCUUGGACUAAACUUUUCGACCAACUUCCUCGUGGUAGAGCCACUGUACAAGGCAACAUUCUGACCAUAUCAAAUGCAGACAAGAAAGAUUCAGGAACCUACAUUUGCACAGCUUCGAACGCCAUGGGAACAUCACACUUCAUGACAUCUCUGAUUGUCAAUGUGGUGCCUCAGUUUACUGUCAAGCCACCAGAGAAGAUUGAGCUCUACCAUGGACAGUCAGUGACAUUCAACUGCUCUGCAGACGGACACCCAGUACCCAGCAUCACCUGGACACGGUGUAAAGGAGACAUACCAGCAGACCACACCAGGUCUGAAGUGGAAGGAGGACAACUGAAGAUCAACAGUUUGACGGCAAAGGACGGUGGAACGUACAUUUGCUCCGCACAGAGCGAGUUUGUUCAUGUGGAGACUGAGGUGCAACUGAUUGUGAAAACGGCCCGAGAUUGCGCAGAGCUCUUCUCUGCUGGCUUCAAAGAAAAUGGAGUGUACACAGUCAACCCAGCAAACAAAACCAGUUUUGAAGUGUACUGUGACAUGAACACGGAUGGUGGGGGAUGGACAGUCUUUCACAAACGCUUCAAUGGGUUCGUUGGAUUCUAUAGGGACUGGAACGAGUACAAGUAUGGAUUUGGUGACGUCAGAGGAGAGUUUUGGCUUGGGAACGAAAAGAUUCAUGAACUGACUGAGAUACCGAGUCAGCUUAGGGUUGAAAUUAACACCACAUCUAAUGGUAAUAAAUACGCCAAAUAUAGUAAUUUCACGAUCACAAACGAAGCAACGAAUUAUACUCUGUUCGUUGGCUUCUAUUCUGGCGACGCGUCAGAUCAUUUGUCCAAAGAACAUAACGGUAUGGCCUUCUCUACCAAGGAUCGGGACAAUGACAAAUGGGGCAAUAACUGCGCAGUGAGCUAUAGAGGAGCUUGGUGGUAUAAGAGUUGUUACGAUUCUAAUUUGAAUGCCAACUUCGAAGAUAAAUCCUAUUAUCGGUGGAACGGGCCCCUCAAGGGAAGUGAGAUGAAGCUCAAAGCAAAAUCUAGCCAGUAACAAGCGAAAUAAAAGAAGAGUUAAAGAGGGGCACAAAAGCUCAAUUGUAACAGUAAACGACCAAAAAAGCAAAUCUUGGCUUGCAUAGCAAUUUAGAAAUUACUUGCAACUUAAUUUUACACCGUUGCAUUGACAAAUGAAACCAAAUAAAUAAUUUAAAGUAGA